UUUAAUUUCAAGUGUUUUUCUCCCCUCAUUUUUUAAAUAGGUCUCAAGUUAACGAGUGGCAAGAAAUACAAGAGUAUAGUGGAACAAUCCUUCCAUGUCUCUCAUGCUGUGCUACAACUCUCGAACGAUAUCCCUCCAGACUUUGGCCUUGAGGUUCAUGUCAUCCUACACAAUAUUGACUACAUUGUUUGCUUCCUUUCACGCUCCGCCCCUCAAACUCCACUGAACUUAGAAAUAUCAGAAGGCGAGGAGAUGACCGUGUAUGCCUGCCUGAAUACGUCUACUCCUUACUCUGAGAGAGUCAGUGUUCAUUUAACUGGUUAUUACUGUCUGGAGCAGUCGCAGGAUGACGAGAGUUUCUGUGGAGAAGAAGAGGAUGAGCUCAUUUCCGAAGAGGAAUCUUCUGAAGAGGAGGGAGAGUUUUCAAAAGAGGAUUUUGGAGAAGAUAUUAGUGAUGGCCUGUUUCAUAGCUUACCAAGUGAAGACGAUGAUGACGAUGAUUUCCCUUCAUUACAUCAUUUAUCCUCAAUCACUGAAGUAACUGGCGACGAUGAUAAUGCAAGCUAUGACGAUUUUGAUUACCCUUCGAUACAACAUUUAUCAAGAGCCUCAAUCACUGAAGUAACGGACCAAGACAAUAGUGAAAGUCAUGAGGCUGAUCCUCCUCACUCUGCCUCCCUCUCCAGAAAAAGAAAGAAAACCAGGAAACAAGACAAAGAGGCCGGGAAGUUGAAAAAGAAGAAGACGAUAGAACCAGCCACCGAAGAGGGAGAGACAGAAGAAGGGGAGGAAGAUGUGGAAAUACGCAAAACAAAACAAAAGUCAAAAAAUAAAAAGAGAAAGAAGAAAACUGUAGCAGAACCAGUACAAGAGGAUGAAGAGGACUCCAGUGUUAAUGUUACUGCUACUAGUUCCUCGGUUUCUUCAGCUCCAGUUUCUUCAUCUUCAGUUGACAGAGACAGUUCUGUGUCAUUGGAAAGUUCUGUAGCACUUAAUGCCUCAAGCGGAUCAGUGAAGCAAAGUAAUUUUAAGAAGACAUUCAGUUGUGGAGUUGAAAUGACAGAAUUGAAAUAUGGCACAGGAAAAAUACCCAAACAAGGCUCACUGGUCACCAUUAUUUAUUCUUCGUCUUACAAAAGUCCUGGGGAAGAGGUUUUUCAAGAGUUUGAUAAAGACACUAGACUCUGCUUCAGAUUAGGUAGAGGUGAAUGCAUGCCUGGACUAGAAAAAGGAAUGAAAGGUAUGAAGCCUGGUGGAUCCAGACGGAUUAUCAUACCACCAUCACAAAGACGGAAAGGAGAUGUCCCAGAGAGCAUACCUCAUGAUUGCGAUGUUCGGAUUUUCGUGAAGCUCCUCAACGUUAAAUGAGAAAAUAAUAGAUAACCUAAUCAAUGUAUUAUAUAUAAUAUUACUUUUAUUAACUACUAAUUAUUGUGUCAUUAUGGUCAUUCAUUGAAUACAUCAAGAAAGAGCUUGUAAAAAGCUCAAUUUGCAUUAGACGUA